GCUCCCCUGAGGCGACGGCCAUGGCGGCGGCGGCGGCGUUCCUGGCCCGCAGCGGCGGCGGGGCGCCCAGGGCACUGGCCUUUGGGUGCCUGCGUCGGCUGCACACCGUGUACCAGACAGCGGAGCUGCCAGAGACCCACCAGAUGCUGCGUCAGACGUGCCGAGACUUUGCAGAGAAGGAGCUGAUGCCCCUCGCAGCUCAGCUGGAUAAAGAGCACCGGUUCCCGGCCGAACAGGUGAAGAAGAUGGGUGGCUUAGGGCUGCUGGCUAUGGAUGUGCCGGAGGAGUACAAAGGAGCAGGCCUUGACUACCUGGCUUAUUCCAUUGCCGUGGAGGAGAUCAGCAGGGGCUGCGCGUCCACAGGCGUCAUUGUCAGUGUCAAUAAUUCUCUGUAUUUAGGGCCAAUACUCAAGUUUGGCUCAGAAGAACAGAAGCACAAGUGGAUUGCUCCCUUCACCAGUGGGGAUAAAAUUGGAUGUUUUGCCCUUAGUGAACCAGGAAAUGGCAGUGACGCUGGUGCAGCAUCCACAGUGGCACGCCUGGAUGGUGACGAGUGGGUUCUGAAUGGCACCAAGGCCUGGAUCACCAACGCCUGGGACGCCUCGGCCACCGUGGUGUUUGCUACUACGGAUAAAUCCCUGAAACACAAGGGCAUUAGCGCGUUCCUGGUUCCCAUGCCAACUGCUGGGCUGUCACUGGGGAAGAAAGAAGACAAGCUGGGAAUCCGAGCCUCUUCCACUGCCAACCUGAUAUUUGAGGACUGUCGGAUACCCAAGGACAACCUACUGGGGCAGCUGGGAAUGGGCUUCAAAAUCGCCAUGCAAACUCUGGAUGCAGGAAGGAUUGGUAUUGCCUCACAGGCUCUUGGAAUAGCACAGGCAGCUCUGGACUGUGCUGUGGAUUAUGCUGAAAAGAGAAUGGCCUUUGGGUCGCCCAUCACAAAGCUACAGGCAGUGCAGUUUAAGCUGGCUGAUAUGGCUGUGGCGUUGGAGAGUGCGCGCUUGCUGACCUGGAGAGCCGCUAUGCUGAAAGACAAUGGGAAGCCCUUCACAAAGGAAGCGGCGAUGGCCAAGCUGGCUGCAUCAGAAGCUGCAACAGCCAUCGCUCAUCAGGCUAUCCAGAUCUUGGGCGGGAUGGGCUACGUGACAGAGAUGCCAGCAGAACGCCAUUACCGCGACGCUCGUAUCACCGAGAUCUACGAGGGGACCAGUGAGAUCCAAAGACUGGUGAUAGCAGGUCAAUUGCUGAAGGCCUACCGUAGCUGAAGAAGCCGGCUUGAGCAAGACACUGCCCCAAAGUGCCUUGUAACGGUGCAGAACAGCGAUUGCAUCUUGGUCCUCUUGAAAGAGACUAAUGAUGGAAGUUUUCCUCACCAAUGAGCGACUGACCCUCUUGUUAAAAUGUGCUGAUUCUUCUUUGGACAAAGUACGGUGCAUGGAAGGCCGUAUCUAGGUUUGUAA